GGCGAGGAUAAAGCAAGAUGGCGUCUGACGGUGAAGACGUUAUUGCAGUCGUCACAGUUCAGUGUUCUUAAUCUGUGCCUCCAUGUACACAUAUAUGUCCUUUAUUAGACUCUAGUAAAUAGAGUAAACAUCGUUAAUAACUGUUUGCAUCCGGUUAUAUUAGUCUGAGCGCACUUUGAUGCUUCUCGAGCUAGCUUAGCCUGCUAGUUAGCUUAGCUUGUUAGCUGCUAACAAAGAGAGGCGGAAGUGAUCAAAACACAUCACUAAGUAGAGAUCAAGUGUGAGUGUAAAGUGUUGUGAUUGUGUGAAAAUGUGCCAAAGAACCACAGCAGAGUACGAGGAGGAACUUUGUCCAACAAAAGAGGAGAAGGAGCGACAACAUGAAAAACAUCAAGUUGUGUUACACAGAACAGACAUCCAUCAGCCGAUUGAACACCAAGAAGAAUGUCUCCCUCAUCUGCAGGGGGACAGUUUCACUGUAAAGUAUCCACAGCCCUCACAUUUUAAAGGGGACAAGGGGGAUUCACAGCCCUUUUAUUUUAAAGAGGAAGAGGGGGGAGAGUGUCCUGUAGGGCAGGAGGAGGCUGAUGUCAGCAAGUUUCCACUGACUGUUGUCUCUGUGAAGACUGAAGAGCAUGAAGACAAACCACCUGAGUCCUCACAGCUUCAUCACAGUCCAAACGUUGAAGAAGAACCUCUACCCCAUGAGCAGGAGGAGGAACCACAGUCACCCCACAUACACGAGGAAGAAGAGGUACCACAUUACCAACACAUUAAAGAGGGAAGAGAGGAGGCACAUCCCCCCCACAUUAAAGAGGAAGACGAGACGCCACAGACCCAUAAUGUUAAACUGACCCCUCACAUUAAAGGGCAAGCGGAGGACCCACUGAACUUACACAGCAAAAAUGCAGAAGAGGGCCCACUGACCUCUCACAUUAAAAAGGAAGAGGAGGACCUAUUGACCCCCUGCUUUAAAGAGGAAGAGGAGGUCCAAGAGCCGCCGCACAUUAGAGAGGAAGAGGAGGAAGAGGGCAUCAGUCAGCCUAACUGGUUGGAGGAGUUCCCAGUGACUGGUGUCCCUGUGAAGAGUGAAGAUGAUGAGGUGAAAGGUGAAAGUGAGGAGAGGGGAGGGGGGGAGCCUCCAAGCAGCAGCUCAACACAACACAUGACAACAGAAGCUGAUGGAGACCACUGUGGAGGAUCACAAGCAGACAAGCUCUUAGCUCCACUAUCAGAUAGUGAGGACACAACGUCACACUCUCCUGACACUGAUGAUGAAGACUCUAAAGAUGAUAAGACAUGUCACACUGACAACACUCACUUCACAUGUUCUCUCUGUGAGAAAACAUUUCGUUACCGUUCUUAUCUGAAAAGACACAUGAGAACACACACUGGAGAAAAACCUUUUUCUUGUUCAAUCUGUGGUAAAGGUUUUACACAAAGUCAAAAUGUGAAAGUACACAUGAGAACACACACUGGAGAAAAACCUUUUUCUUGCUCAGAAUGUGGUAAAGGUUUUGUUCUCAGUAAACAUUUGAAAGUACACAUGAGAACACACACUGGAGAAAAACCUUAUGUCUGUUCAAUCUGUGGUAAAGGUUUUGUAGAAAGUCGCAAUUUGAAAGUACACAUGAGAACACACACUGGUGAAAAACAUUUUAUCUGUUCAAUCUGUGGUAAAGGUUUUGCACAAAAUCAACAUAUGAAAAGACAUAUGAGAACACACACUGGUGAAAAACCUUUUUCCUGUUCAACCUGUGGUAAAAGUUUUACAAGAAGUGCAGAUGUGAAAGGACACACUAGAACACACACUGUUGAAAAAUCACAUUCCUGUUCAAUCUGCGACAGAAGUUUUGGUCAACGAUCAGCACUUGUAGCACACAUGAGAAGACACCCAUGAGAGAAAGUGUUGAGUUGCAGUGUGUGUGGUGAAAGAUUGUCUUCUAAGUACCAGUGUAAGAAACACAAGUGUGCUGGUGAGAACAGCAGCAGCAAAUGAAACUGCAGGAUUUGAAAUAAACUGUCCAGACUUUCAUUUUGACUUUCUAACAACAUCAGCACAUAUAACAUGUGUGACAUUGUUGUUUGUCUAACAAUCUGUUUAAUAUGCUUCUACAUGUACAGAUUAGAUAUAUUUGUAUUAAUGCUUUUUUCAGUCAAGUACAUGCAUUAAUUUGCAACUUUGUGUUCUUUUUUUAAACAUUGGACAGAACAAUUUGACUGAAAAGUUGAAAGUAAACAGUACAGGACAUAUUUGACAUA